AUGUCAACAGAUGAUACAGAUUCGACAUCGUUCUAUCCAAAUACAUUGAUUGUUAAAGAUAUUUCAACAUUUAUCGAUAAUUCUGAAUUUGAAAAAGCUCUUAAUUAUCUGACGUCAUUAACUGAACAGCAAAUCUAUGAUAAUACAUGGGAUUUAUGUACUUAUCUAUUUUAUUUAUUUGAAAAACCAUCGGAGAAAUUAUGUAAUGAAUAUGAAUUAUUUUCUCAAGAUGCUUUAACAUAUGUAGCACAACAUGGUAAUUCACGUGAAAUGUUAAUUAUAAUGCUUGAACAAUGUGAUAAAUUUAUAUCGGAUAAUUCAUUUUUAUUUCAUAUAAAAUUAUUUUCUUUUAUUAUUAAACGUUUACCAUUAAAACCAAGUUUAAUUACAUCACUUCGUGAUAUUUUCUCAUUAUUACAAUGUCAUUUAACUACACAUGAAUUACCAACAAUUGAUAAUGAUUUUGCAGGUAAUGAUUUACUGAUAUUUAAUCAUGAUCAUCGUGUUAUUCAUCUACAUAAAUUGACACAAUCAUAUAUUGAUUUUUUUUGUGAAUUACGUGAUUAUUUUUCUACAAGAACUUCCGUGGAUAUUUAUCCUAUUUUAACAAAAUCACUUAUUUCACUUCUACAAGGACCACUUUCAGCAUUAAGUUAUGAACCUAUUAAUUCACAAGAAAGUUUAUCAUUUACAUCAAUUCGUCCAUUAUUAGAUUGUCUAUUUACAUUGAAUCCAAAUCCAAUAUCAUUAAUUGAUAAUAAAGAACAACAUUCCGUUCUUAUUUAUUUACUUCUAACAAAAAAUGAUUAUUUUGCUCGAUUACCUUCGGUUUAUUCACGAGUAUUUUAUUUAUUUCUUAGUAUUCCAUUUAUUCAACAAUUAAGUUCAGAUCGUGACCGUGUUAUGUUAACAGAAAAAGCAUGUGUACUUGUUUCAAAUGUUUGUUCACAUUUAACACCAUACAAAGAAUUUGAUCAAACACUAUUAGAUAAUGAUCAAGUUCAUUCACUUAUUGAUACAUUAAAAAUGUUAAUGGUUCAAUCACCAGCUCGACAAUAUUCACCAUUAACAAUUGGAGCAUAUCGUUCAUUAUUUCGUGCAUUUAAUCCUCUUGGUCGUUGUAAUUUUCUUCGACAACAAUUAGCUAAAACAUCGUAUAAAGAAGAUUCAUAUCGAACAUUUCUUUGUACUUUAGUUAAAGAUGAAUUUCUAUAUGAUUAUCAAAAAUUAUCAAGUGAAAUUUAUAAAGGAAAUACAUUAUUUCAAUUAUUAGAUCAUUUAACUUAUUUACCAAAUGGUGUUGAAAGUGAUUUAUUAGAAAUCUAUGAUUGUCUUUGUUCAACACUUAAUUUAAUUCGGUUUAUUGGUUUAAUUGAUAAACGAAAUAUAAAUCGAACAUUAUUUUGGACAGAACGUUUAAAAAUUUCAAAUGAAAAGUUUAUAAAACCAUUAAGAAAAUCUAUUGAUUUAGCUCGUGCACAUUAUAAACUUGAAAUAAAAAAUAGACUCAAUGGUAACAAUCAACAACAGCAACAACAAGCAGAUUCAGAAAUAUUAGUCGAUGAUAAACCAUUAUCGAUGCCUAGUCAAGAAGAACAAUUAGAAACAUUACAUAAAUCAGUAACAAAAUUUGAUAUUCUCGAUUGUAUUCUUAGUAGUUUAAGUGAUACAUUUAAUGGUGAAUUUUAA